AUGUUAUUUUUAGUCUGGAGAAGAUGGACGAGUCCUUUAGGUCCAGUUGUGGAUCUUGGGUAUGCUGUAUAUCUCGGAAAUGACACUCUUCCGGGAAUUACAUUCUUUGGUGGAAUUCCAUAUGUUCAACCUCCUUUAGGUGAUUUAAGAUGGAGGGAACCUAAGAUGAUCGAUGAAUCACCUAAAAGUGAUGAUCAAAAAACGAUUGUUGACUCUAGGAAUUUCGGUCCUAUCUGUAUACAACAACCUGCCACUGUAGGUGUAGGUGAAGAAGAUUGCGUUACGUUGAAUAUAUGGAAACCUACUGAUGCGAAAGAUGGUGAUAAUCUACCUGUUGUAAUUUACAUUCAUGGAGGUGGAAACUAUUACAACUCUGCUCAAGGAUUUCCUAUGCAAACAUGGGUGAACAACACUCAAGGUCGAAUAAUUGCUGUCAAUAUCCAAUAUCGACUCGGGCUUCUCGGUUUCUUGGCUUCUGCAGAACUACUUAAAGACGGUACAGCGAAUGCUGGUCUUCUCGAUCAAAGAGCAGCUUUUGAUUGGGUUAAAAGACAUAUAUCCAGUUUCGGUGGAGAUCCAAAUCAUAUUACAAUUUCCGGUGAAUCAUCAGGAGGAGGUUCAGUGAUCAAUCACUUAAUCUGGCAAAAUGGUACUGCUAAACAAUCAUUCAAUGCUGCUAUACUUCAAAGUAUAGGUAACGACCCUUUCCCAAAACCGCAAGUAUACGAGCAAUGUUUUGGAAACGUCACUCAUUUCGUUGGAUGUGAUACUUCCGAUAACGUUAUGAGCUGUUUGAGAAGUACAUCAAUCAGGACUUUGAUCGCUGCUGUUAAUCAUCGACCUCAACCUCUAUGUAAAUACUUACCGAUAGUAGACGGUUAUAAUAUCGUUGAUUUUCCAAGUCAAUUAGUGAAAAAUGGUAGAUUCUCAAAGAUGCCAAUCGUUGCAGGACAUAUGACGAAUGAUGGAACGACAUUCACCGGUUCUCCAACUACCGUCACCAAUACCUCAAGUCUGUUUACUGCAUUAACCUCUGCGAGAUAUACGAAUCUCUCAAAUGGGACUUUCCAAAAAGCUUUAACGUAUUAUCCCGAAUCAUCAUAUUCAUCAUUUUACGAUUUAGCUCAAACAUUAGUUGGUGAUACACAAUUCACAUGCUUAGAUUGGUAUUUAGCUUUACAAGCUUCAAAAUAUGGUCAACCUGCUUAUUUGUUCAGGUGGAAUACUCCUGAUCCAGUACAACUAGCAGCUACUCCGUAUAAAGGGGUGAUGCACACUAGUGAAUUAUAUUUCUUAUUUGAUGGUACCAACUCGGGUGUCUCAUCGGCCAAUGCGUUGACUACAUUCCGAGGAUUUAACGCUACUGAACAACCAUUAUCUACCGAAGCAGUAUCGUACUGGACUUCUUUCAGUCGAUCAUACGAUCCAUCAACAUACAAAUACACUUCCUCACCCGAUUGGCCUAGUCUUUCUUAUAAUGGCACAGGUCAAAGGAUCGUACCUACAGAAGGCAAUUCGACCACUACGACAAAUACGGUAGUGGAAGAUAUUCCAGAUGAUUACGUCAAGCGAUGUAUGUUCUGGAUGAGUGUUGGAAGCGAAACCAGAAUCUGA